AUGGAAAAACAGAUCAUUGAUGAUAAAAAAUUUGACAGCAGUAUAAAAUCAAUAAUACAAAGAGAUUUCUUCCCAGAACUCGGUUCUACUAAACAACCUGAUCCAUCCACAGCCAAUUUUUCACUUCAAACUUUUUGCAACACUUAUGCACCACAAUCUGAUCAUGAUUUCGUUACAAAAGUUGAAAGGGAUAGGAUUAUUCAAAUAAAUUCUGCCCCUGCAUCAAAAUUAGACAAGCAAUUGGAAAAUGAUACUCGAAGUCCUUAUAAAAGAGAGGCUUUCAAUUCAUUGUUUUUUCAACCACAAGCUAUUAAGCAUGAAACACCGUUAGCGCUUACUUACCAACAGAAAAAGAAACCACAAACAAUUUUAGAAAAUACACAUUUCCAUAAUGGAAGACCAAUAUCAUUAAAUAAUAAUAUAAACUAUCAUCCAUUUACAACAGAAUCAUCAACAACAGAAAGCGAAAGUGAUUUUGAAGGUAGAUCAAAAUAUCGAUCUGAAAUCAUCAGAACAAUGCCCACACGUCGUAUUUCUAUCAAAAAGGAUAGACUUGUAAAAAUGAAUCUCACUCAAAAAGGAAGAGAACUUUUGGAUUCUAUGUCCAAAUAA